CAUAAUGACAUGGCGCAGGAAGUCAAAACAGCAGAGCCCAGUGUAUAUAUGAGAGUGAUGGGGCAUGGAUAAGGGGGCACAAAAAGAUGACCAUAUGUCCAGAGAGGCGAGUGCAUCACCAUUAACAGAUCUCCAGGAUUAUCUGACACGGAUUACCUCCCUUCUGAAACAGAGAAACUUUCAUGAAGCUUUAGAUAUAUGCGACACUGCCCUAAGUGUAUAUAAAAAUGAAGAAAAACUACAAGAAAAGAAAAUCAAAAUCCUGUGUCACCAAGGAAGAUUUGAAGAAGCUUACAAUAUUGCAAGGAAGUGGUCAAUACGAGAUCCAAAGAAUUUGACAGCACAGAAGGAACUGAAGAGGCUGAAGAUUGUUAUACAUGCGUUAAAUGAUCAGGAUGAGGACAGUGAAGAGGAGGAGUCAGAAUGCAAGAUAAAGGAGGUUGAUGAAACUAAAGUGGAAACAGAAGAUGACGACAAGAGGUCAUCUCCUGAGGGCAUGGAAACUAGACACAGCCAUAACUCUGUCACACAGACUGUACCAGUUACCCAUCCAACCAUCACCUCACAAACAUACAGCCCACAAACUGUGGAGCAAGAAAACAGGAAGCAUGUCUGCACCUUCUGUAAUAUCAGUUUUGACCAACAAGAAGAAUUGGACACACACUGUAAGAGUGACUUACACAGAAAAAAGAUCACUGCUGAUGAUGACCAGAACUGGAAGUACAGAGAGCCACCACGGGGUCUUAAUGCUGAGGAAUAUUCUCUGUGUAAGAGCACUGAGGAAAUUGGGAAAUGUGCCUUUGGUGACAAGUGUACAGAAGCUCACUCUAAGGAAGAACUUAACGAGUGGAAGAUGCGUUUUAAAUUUCGAAAACAGCUUAUCAAAGUGGCACAUGAUAAACAACUACAUGGCAACACUUAUGCUGAACAACUGAUGGAGAAACUUGUUACUUCAGAGAAUCCUAAAUCUCUUAUGGUCUCUGGUGUGGAGUACUCUAAAGUACAUGUGAACUCUGACCUCAAAGUUAAUAUGACCUCAAAGAAAUGUACAAGUGCCUGGACUUUUACCAUAACUAGCAAGAGAAGUCUUCACAUUGUGGCUUUACUUGACGAUACAUAUCGAACCUAUUUUCACAUUGCGAGUAUCUCUGUGGGGCCAAAGAAAACUCAGAAGUACCAGAACCUGGAAACACUUUGUCAGGAAUGGGAGAACCCAGAAUAUCCCAAUAUCCCACUAGGGGAAUAUGUAUACAGAAUCAAGGUGGUGUUUAAGACAGAUAUUUAUGGGACCUUCCGUCAGACUCUAGUCAUGGACUUUGGGACUGAUCCCGUUCUCAGGCGAGAGCUACAAGUAGAAUCAGCUCCUAUCACGGAUACAGAGAAGGUGUUCAAUGACUUUCUGCAAGGCAAUCAGGGAAGAUGGAGGAAAAACAAUGUUCACCUGCUACCGUUUGAACCUAAACCUAUACCUAACACAGCCAUAGAGGACAAGCUUCUGAGUAAAUAUUCUCUGCCUGAUAUUGAAAAGUUCCGUUUUGAGGACCACUUGAUGCAUCCACCCACAAAAGAGACAUAUCGCAUCUGGAUGCAUGAAAUGUUAUAUGUAGAAGAAUGGUCUCAACUUGAAAGUAUAUCUAGGUACAGUCUGAACACGUCCCUACAGUUGGUGAACCGUUUCCUCCUGGUGCCGGGAAUGAUAUCGGGAGCUAAGUAUGCUCAGGAUGGAGAACUGUUCGCACGCAUGGCCUUGGAGGAUCGUUUGUCAGAAGAUUAUGCUGGAGGUCGUCUCAUUCUCAAUUCUACACUUGCUUGGCUUACACCACAAGACCAGAACAAGAAAGAUUUGUCUUCUAAUCAACCAAGGGUUUAUGAAGCAGUCAUAGAGGACAAGGGUAAAAACUUCAUCUUCCUUCGCUUGUCAAAGGAGUGUGUAGAAGAACUUGACCUUUCAUGUGACCAGGAAUUCCCUGUACAGAUUCAGUUCCAACUGAAUCGUCUGCCAAAGUGUGAGAUGCAUGCUGCCAUUGAUAGACUUCCAACACUUGAUCUUGUAUUCCCACCUAAGAACACGUUCCCUACCACUUCAUGGGUCCAGGGAAGUCCAGAAUUGAGUGAAGUAGUCAGUACAAAGCUGAACGAGAAACAGAGGGAGGCCAUUUUGAAGAUAACAUCUGAAGGCAAUCUUUCCUUGCCUCCUAUUCUUCUUGUGGGACCUUAUGGAACCGGAAAAACCUACACCUUGGCACAAGCAGCUAAACAGAUCCUUCAGCAGGACGAUACUCGCAUCCUCAUCUGUACUCACUCAAACAGUGCUGCUGACCUGUACAUCAAAGAGUUUCUCCACCCACUGGUCAAGGAGGGAUACCUGGAAGCACGGCCACUCCGUCUUUACUUCAGACAUCGGUGGAUACAGACUGUCCCAGAAGUUGUUAUCCAGUACUGUAUCCGGGCCACUGCUGGGUCCUCGGCAAUCUUCAGAUGUCCUGUCUUCGAGGAUGUGGAGAAACACAGGAUUGUCAUAACUACCCUUGGUACAGCCAGGUACCUCUGUGACCUUGACCUAGAACCAGGAUUUUUCACCCACAUAUUCCUGGACGAGGCAGCCCAGGCCAUGGAAAGUGAUAGUCUCAUACCCCUGUCUCUAUGUGGACCUUACACUCGUGUUGUACUGGCGGGGGACCACAUGCAGCUGAGUCCUGAAAUAUACUCUGACCUGGGACGACAGCAAGGGUUCCAAAAGUCAAUGCUGGAGCGUCUACAUGAGUUGUACCCGGAUGAUGUCCCCUGUAAAGUAAUGCUGUGUGAAAAUUACCGAUCACAUUCAGCAAUCAUCGACUUCACCUCCGACUUGUUUUACGACAGUCAGCUAACAGCCAGCAGUGAGCAGCCCUGUCAUCCCCUCUACUACCCUCUCACCUUCUACUCUGCCCGCGGUGAAGAGGUCCAGCAUGAAAACAGUAUCGGUUUCUACAACAUUGCUGAGGUACAUGAAGUGAUUGACCGUGUGGAUCAUCUUGUAAGAACAUGGCCAAGCUCAGAGUGGGGCGAGUUAGGGGAGGGCUCAAUCGGAGUGCUCACCCCUUAUACUGACCAGGUGUUCCACAUCCGAUCAGAGUUACGGAAAAGGAAAAUGUACAAUAUCAAAGUGGAAAGGGUGUUUAAUGUACAAGGAAAGCAGUUCCGCGUAGUGAUUCUGUCGACUGUACGCACUCGUCACAGCUGUAGCGCCGACACUAUACAGGAGGAUGUUGUCAAUUAUGGCUUCCUGUCCGAUAUCAAGCUCCUCAACACUGCCAUCACCCGUGCUCAAUCCCUUGUCAUGGUGAUUGGGGAUCCAGUCUCUCUCUGUCUUGUUGGCAAGAGCCGGAAAAUUUGGGAGUACUAUUUAGAAAUCUGUCAGGAUAACAACAGUUUAUUUGGUACAACCUGGACCCAGCUGAAGGCUCAGCUGACCUCGGCAGACAUGAGGAAGACGUUCAUUCUCAAUCCACUUGCCCCUGAGUUUGUACCCAAUAGACUUUUUCAUGCUAUAGCACCAGAUAUUGCCCAGCAAGGAGCUUCAGGCUCACCAACCAGUUACCAUGGUGCCGCUCAGCACCCGCAGUAUUACAUGGGUCCAAGGGUAACAUAUCCGGGGCAGCAGUUAGCUCAUCAACAGAUGUUUCCUCAUCCGUAUAUGCCGGUACCUUACCCAGGUCUCAUUCCUCAUGUUGUAUACAACAGACAGGGUGUUCCCCACAUCCUCGGCUCUCCAGCACAAGGUAGAGCUCCUGUACGAGGCUAUCACCCACGUCAUGCAUCUCCACUGGCCAUCCCCAAGGUCAGGCCAGGAGAUAAGGACAAGGUCAAGGUUGACCCCUCACAACCUGAUGUCAUUAUACCUGGAAAGAAAUUGCCAUCAAUGACCCAACGUGGACGGCAGAUAAUGUAUAUGCCUCAGCGUAUGUCAGCAGCCUGUCAACAGAUGUACUUCUACCCACAACACUAUGGGGGAUACUUCUACAUGCCGGAAGACCCCCGAGUUCUAAUCAACCAGCAGCUCCCACGGGGACCAGUGUUACAUCCCCUUGGACCACAGCAUCCCAGUCAGUUUUACCCAAUCCUACGUCCACAUUAUGCCCCCGUGGGGCUGGAUGAUGCAGAAGACAAGCGCAGCUCUCAGACAUCCUCUCCUGUAUCCUCUCAAGGUCGUUCCGGAUCACCAGCCACAUCUCCAGGUUCAUCAGUUGCAAGUCAACAGAUUCAGCUCCUUCCAAAUGUCCGUCAUGUGCCGAUUCAUCUGUUCCCACGAACAGCCACCCCAACAAACAGUUCCCGUCCAAGUACACCACAACGGACAGAAUCGCCACAAGUCUCACAAGACAUGGGUACCACCAUCGAUCCUAAAGCAUCACAGAAAAUUGAAGCAGGUUACCUAAAAUCCUCAAGUCCAGCAUUGGAGCACCAAGAGAGAAGAGGAUCUGCAAAUAGCCCUCUUGCGAGGGUGAUUGCAUCUGCUCAAAGGCAGGUUCCUACAACUGCUGAUAGUGGACUGGUGUUGUCUACUCCCUACAGUAGUGGAUUUGGUGAUAUGAUUAUGCCUGGUCAAAAUGGAGAUAUGAAUGAUGUAGUAAAGAAAGAAAAAACGAAGCGAACUCCUGUCGGACUUCGGCUAGAGACAGGAUUUAGUCGACAGUUUAGUGAAGACUUGGAAACCCCAACAGAAAUUACAGACUUGGUGAAGAUGAUCGACGAGACAAUUGAAGAAGGGCAUGAAUCAGCUGAAGAGGAAGAACAAUGGAACAGACAGUCAAAAUCAGAGAGCAGCACGUUUUUCAGUUCCCGUACUACUAAGACCAUGGCCGCUACACGUAAACUUCAUUUGAAUAUUCCUCAACAGUCCUCAACAGAAACCUCGGAAUCAUCUGGAUCACCCCCUUCUAGUCCUCCUGGUUCAGAUCAAAAACCAACAUACGCUGGCAUGCUACGUCGUCGACUUCCUGCAGCUACAAAUGACAUUGAUCCAAAUCUUCUAGAACCACAGACACCACACACUCCUGCUGGCUUUAUCUCGCCGGGAACUGAUAUCGAUACAGACCCACUGGGGAUUUUGAGAAACCUGAACAUCAAUGCUUCAACUGAAAAACAGAGAACUUACAAGUAUUUCUCAUAGAUAUAUAAGAAAACCUUCAAAUGAGUAACAAAGCUAAUUGGUGUCAAUAGGGAUGCAAAGUUAUCACAAAUAUGUUCCUUUAAUGUGUGUAGAUUUACCUGUAGAAAGUAGUAGUUUUAUGUGUGUAGUUACAUUCACAGUUAAGACAGAAAGUAUGUCACUGUCAUAUUAAAGAUGAAUGUAGAUAUAGUAUUUCUAUUUUGGAAGAGGAAGAAGAAAUUGAAUGAUUUAAUUACAUAGCAGACUUGUCAAUGAGAGCACAUUUAUUUUUGUAAAUGAACUGUGGUAAGUGUGACAACAGGCCAAUCAUCCCUGUUGCUUGCUUUUUACAGACUGUAAAUAUUUUUUGAAUCUGCUGUAACACAAGAUUGUUUGUAUAAGCUUCAGUCAGUGUUAAGUGUCGUGUGACAUAGGUUUUAGGUAUUUUAAUCGUAGAAACUUAACCUGAUCUUGCAGGUUCUGGCUAGAAAUCUUUACUGUUACUACUUGUAAUUCUCAGGAUUAAAAAAUCAGGUGUUUGAUGAUGGCCUUUCUAGAAUAUAACUGAAUUAGUGUUAUUUUGUGAUGCAAAUAACACAAUGAUUGACUGCAUUAAUGACUGGAAAAGUUAAUUUACAGUGAGUAGGUACUGCAGGCUAGCUUUAAUAGCAAAGUAUUUUGUUGGCAAUUUCAUUUUCGGUUGAUCACUGUAAAACGGUGGUAACAGUUAUAAUUUUAUAUUAAAUUUAUCUUCUCUGACUAGUUGAAACAAUAGGAACAAAAUCUUCAAUCUUUCCGAUUACUUUUUGUUUCACAUUUGAUCACUGGCUGAUCAGAUUAUGUUAUCACUGGCACAGCUUCCUGAUACAUUUUACGAAGUUAUCUGAUCUUGAAUUAUUGUGAUAUCAAUAUGGGGCUGGAGAGGCAUGUUCUUUGUGUUGUACAUCAACUGACAUAAUUGCUAUUACUAACUUUCAUACUUGGCUUAUUUCACCAGACUACAGAGUUGUCUGCCCUUAGUCGCUGGUUGACAAGGUUUGUAAAUUUGGGUACAUUCAUGCAUAUUUGUCAAUCACUCAGGUGUAUAUGUAUAUAUUGUGAUUAGCACUUGUUGAUUUUUUUAUUUAAUUUAGUGAAACUAAAUACAUAAAUUUUAGCCUCAAAAAUUAAAAUUAAUGCAUCUAGCCAUCAGAUGGAAACAUCCUUUUAACUGUGACUUGCUGGCAUAUAUGUUUUCAGACCAAGCAUGAUUCAUAGUCAGGUGUAGCUAAUGUCAAUUCAAUAGCUCUUUUUAGUUUGAUAGGGUUUUAUCCAAAUUGAUGUAAUAAAAACUGUGUUUUUCUUAUAUUUGUUAUAUGCACAUGUACUAUGAUAAUCAUUGCUACAUUUUGUUAUGUGUGGUGUGAAUAUAUAAAUACAUGUAUAUUUAGUAACAAUUAUCUAUAUAACUAGACUAACAAAGAUUUUUUUUUAAUUAGUUUUUAAUAUAUCUUCAUAUAUAUAUCUGCAUUGAUUGCUUUUUUGAUUCGUAAAAAGUAGCUUCAGUUCUGAGGUAAUUAACUUGCUUGUCCUAUAAAUUGGCCAAUUGCAAGUUAUAAUUUAUGUUGUCAGUAACACACUAAGGAAGAUAUGAUUUGAGACAAAUAUUACAGCACAACAACACUCUUAGAAAAUUUAAUUAGCAAAAUACCAUUUUAUGGUCAGUUAUAAAGCUUUAUAUUUUUGUAUUCACUGUUAAAGUAUAAUAGUAAGUUAAAUUUGUCUUUAAGAUAAGGACAGGUGUGCCAUUUGUUUAAUACAAAACCGCUGUAUUAACGAGGCAGUAAAUACAUGUUGGGAAAUAAACUCACACAUGUCUAUUGCAGUUCAGUAGAUAUGAUUACAAAUUGUUUCAUUAUCCUAUAGAAAGCCCACCCACUACUUUGAGUCAAAGUUUAUGUAUUGGGGCCCCUGAGCUAUUACAGGAUAAAUAUGGUACCUGGCUAUUGUGGCUAUAUGUUAUACUUGGUAAUGUAUAUUGUUGUAUUAGAAAAGUUCUAUACUAUUAGGAUAAUAGAUGCAGAACAGGGUACAUGUCAGCUUGCUGACAAGGUCAUUCAAGGAGCCAUGCUAUUUCUGUCAGAGUUGGUUGUUAUUUUGUUAGUUUCAAUGUCAAUGAACUAUUUUCACAGUGCACUUUUUAAUUAUACAUUUAUAUGAUAAAAAAAGUCAAACUCUAGAGAAUAAAUAUAUAUAUAUGUGGAGGAAGAUUCUAAUACUGUCUCCCAUGGAUAAUAGAUAGCAACUCUGUCACUGAACAUUGUACAUAUAAAUUUACUGGAUGUUCAUUUUUUGUUCUUCAGUUUCAUUUGAAUUUGAAGUAGCAUUAAAGAGGGUGCUAUUGUAUACUAUAUUUCAGCAGAAAAGUGCUCUUUUGUGUUUCAUGUUUUCACAUAUAUGUUGAAUAAUAUCAGCCUGUUAAAUUUUCAUUUAGAUGUUGCUGAAAUGAUGACACGGAAAUCAGUAUUUGCACAAAUACCUAGACAGUUUAAAAUGUCUAAGGAACACCUGCAAUGCUAAAAAAAUGAUUUGGUUAUGCACAGGACUUGUGGUGGAAUACAGAGGGUUUGGGUUUAAUAAUGGUUGUAUUUUCUUCUGUUAGAUAUGAACUUUGAAAAGGAUACCAUCUGAAUAUUAAGUUGCAGUUCUUUUGUAUUAAAUGUAAGAUCCUCUCUGAAAACUUCAAAGUAAAAGAUCUAUCAAAGUUUUUGCAUGACUGAUCUGUUGACUACCGGGGUAAUUAUCUUAAUAAGAAUUUUUCACGAAUAUUUCAUUCAUCAAAUCCUUUUAUUCCUGUUCUGGUUGUUUUAAGGCUUUGUGACUUUAUUUUUGUUAGAAUUGUAAUUCAAAAUAUUUUGAUUAAAACGUUUAAUGAUUACCAUAUAUAUCUGAAUAAAUAUGCCCUGGAUUGAAAGUUUAUUGGUGAAACAAUACACUCACAGGGGCUUGGAAUUUGGCUGUUAUGAAAAAUAAUACCUAUUUCAAAACUUUACAGAUCCAAGUACUUUGAAACCUAAACACGGAUGUUAGAGAUGUGGGUAUCAGAGCCGGUCUUUUGCAUACACAUAUAAACUUAUUUAUUUGUCCUUGUUACACAAAAUCUAUCAGAACGUUUCAGUUUACUGAAGAAGGAAGCUUGAAUGUACCACAGUAGCGACAUUUGUAAUUUUCUCCCCAUAUUUACAGGAUAAAUGGGAUACUUCAAUGAACUUUUACUGUGAUCCAUUUGAUAAGUGAUUUGUGUUGUAUUUUAAACAGUAUAGUAUCUUGUUAAUGUUUUGGGUUUUUUUUGUUUUUGUUUUUAAAUCUUUGCAUUUAAGUUGGUUAUAACUUAAAAGUCAAAUAUCAGUUUUGGUCUUCAAAAGUUUCAGCAUUUAUUGGAAUAUAUUUGUUAAAAAUAGUUUACUGUUUUGUUAGUUCAAUUUUCAACAUAAGUUUUCUGGUAAACUACAAAUGUAUUGUAGGCAUUGAAGUUUUGAAUUUUUACCUUUAGAUUCACAUCCACUCAGUGUGUGUAUAGAAUGAAGUAUUGCCUUCAGAUGAGUUUGUGGUCAUCAGAAGAUUGUAAUGUGAUGUUACUUUGAGGAACACAAGGUUUAACAUUGAUUUAAUUUACUUAGAUCUUACCUUCUUUUCAAUACAUUAGUUAGUAAAUUUGUGAUUAAUUCUAUUGAUUAAUUUAAUAAAAAGAUAGAUUUUGUUUUUAAUUACUUUGAACGUGAUUACAAUCUUUUCCUACCUCACACAUUGAAACAUUAGAUACUGAUGAAUCGGAUCUUUUAGAUUUGACAUCUAUGAACUUGCCCCAUAAGAUUUGACCUCUUUGAAAUUUACGUGUCAGAUUUGACCUCUGUGAAUUUUACCCAUCAGAUUUUCCUCCGCAUUUUGCCUGUCAGAUUUAUCCUCUGAAGUUUACCUGUCAGAUUUAUCCUCUGAAGUUUACCUGUCAGAUUUAUCCUCUGAAGUUUAUCUGUCAGAUUUAUCCUCUAAGUUUAUCCUGUCAGAUUUAUCCUCUGAAGUUUACCUGUCAGAUUUAUCCUCUGAAGUUUACCUGUCAGAUUUAUCCUCUGAAGUUUACCUGUCAGAUUUAUCCUCUGAAGUUUACCUGUCAGAUUUGACCUAUUGGUUUGGUCUUUGUGAACUUAACAUUUCAGGUUUGACCUCUGUACAUGUACAUGACCUAUGUAUCAGGUUGGACCUCUUGUCGUCGUUACCUUUAGAUUUUAUUUCUGUUCCUUUUAAGUCUGUUGAAACAAAGAAAAUAAAUGAAAACAGUUGUGAAUUUCGUAUCAAUUUUCAGUUUUAGCUAUUAUAAAAAGCUUUAUUAUUCAAGACCUUUUUCUCUGUUAAUACUUCAAUCAACUGGGAAAUUUCAUGUGAAUCUGUCUCAUUUAAUUAGAUUUAUUAUCAGAUGAAUUGUGUAGACCCACAUUUUAAGGUAAUAAUAGAAGACAAAAUUAUUAAAAUGAAAUUACUUGUGUUUUCCAUGAUCGUCUGUUGGUAGUUAGACGUGGGAUAUUGAGGUUGAAGAACUUUGGUUGUUGUGCUAUCUUAAUUAGAGUUGUUUCUUAUUUGUUUACAGUUAUCCUCAAGUAUCUUCAGGAAAAAACACAUCCUUUAGGAAAUACGAAAUAUAAAUUGUAUAAUUAUUUUUUUACAAGUCUCUGGUCUCUGGGUCACACCAAGUUAGUGACCAUGUCAUAUUCUUGCUCAGGUUUAUUUUUAGUUUUAGAAAUAUCUCAAUUUUCUGGUAGAGCAUAUUUUUCUUUUUAGAACUGAAAUGAUAUGUUUUUUAUAAUCUGCUUAAUAUUGCUUUCUAUUUCCAAUCCAUCUGAAGCAGCAUUCCUGUCACAGUCCAGGUAUUCAACAUGUUAUCAGACACUCAUACAUGUAUUAGUUUCCAAAGGUGUCUUGUAAAUCUGUAUAAAAGGUUCCACUACACUGACACACUAAGGUUUUUCCUGCUGUACUCAACACCAACACUUGUUCAGAUUAAUGUGUAUGCAAUAUAAUAUAUUUUGAACAAUGUGUUUGUUUCACAAGGUUCAGUGUACUUUUUGUAUGCAUGUGUUACCCUUUUCAUCCAGAUACUGUCAUAUUUAUCCGGCAGUGAUCUCAUGUCUGCAGUACAUGUACAAAUAAAAAUGCUCAUAGUCCUGCAGUAUAAGGCUAAACGCCCUACUUUGAGUCAAGUUUACAGGUUGGUCCUCUGGACUUAUUGCAGGAUAAAUAUGAUUUGGUUUACAGAAGAAAAAUAGGCAUUUUUUUUUAUUUUGUGAAAUGUUUGUUUUUGAAUGUUAUGUCUAGAUGGCAAAUUUGAUAGGUUAUUGAGAUUCUACAAGGAAUCAAGAUGGUGACUAUAUAAUAACCUAUAUACAUGUAUAUAGAUAUAUAGAUAAAACCAGCUUCGAAGGGAACCUGGCAUAGAUUAUAAAUUACAGUUAUUGCCCUUUGUACAGCAAUGGUUUAAUUGUUGUAUCAUUGAGAGAAAAAAGAAAGAAAAAUAUACCUGUUUUCCUUUGGAAUAUUAAUACAAGUAUUUAAUGCAUUGGACUUCACACAAAAGGUAACCUGGUUUGCAGUAUACAAGUUUUUCAAAAUCAAUACAAACGUAUUACCAACAUACUUAUGUGGAGAUGUUGCUUCAAGUAACUUCUUUUUAACAAGUUAACUUUUUGUGUCCAUGAAAACAUGGGAUACAUUUCAUUAGCAAAUUCAAGAACAUUUGAUUUUUUACCUCACCUGCCAAAGAGCAAGUCAACUGAUGGUACAGCAUUUCUCAUCUGUCCAUCCUGUGUCAACAUUUCCCUUUAAACUACUUUUUUUCAACAACCAAGAGGACCAUGAUCAUGGGAUGGGGUCAGUAGCAUGAUGGCAUGAAGGGCUCCAUUUAUUUCUUCAGAUGAAUCAACCUAGCUUAUUUAAACUCAUGUUGGAAUGAAGAGGUAUUCUGCUCAGCAUCCAGAUCAACUUUACGAUGCAUUAGUAGCAAUACUGGCUUCUUUCUCAUAUUAGCUUAUGGCUGGUGAAUUACAGUGACUGGCCGUGCUCUCAUAUGACCCAAACUGUUGAGAAGAGGUAAAACCUGUAAACCAGCAACAGAUGGUCCAGAUUUAUAUAUACUACUACUUAAUAGUUUGUGUGAUUUUUUCACUAAUGAAAUGUCAACCUCUAGUAAAUAUUACUGAGUUUGUCAAGUGUUAUGUAAAGAAUGUAUUGAUUUUACAUAUUGUUAUUGUCUCUGCUUUGCAUUGUUACCAACCAAAAAACAUCAAUCAUACAUUAUUCAACCAUUGGAAUUUAUGGGGGAAAAAAGUGAUAUUGAUCAAAAUCAAAAUUUCUUUUUAAACGUCAUGGCCAUUAUUGAUAGAUAAUUAAUAUUUGUCAUCCAGCCAUUGUGAAAUGACAUCCAUGUACAUUUUACCAUACAAAAGGAAAAAAACAAGUUAUAUUGGCUUUGCUGUGAUUGACUUAAUAUGUAAAUAUUGUAUAGAAUGUCUUAGGUUGAAAAUAGUCCGGCUUUAAUCUUUUGUAGCAAUAUGCUGACUGCAGGUGGUAGGUGUUGUGUUAAACAAUAUAGAUCAGAAACAAACCAAGUUUUAUUGAAAAAACUUUUAUAAUUAUUUUACUACCUGUACUAGAUUUUAUUUGACAAAGUUGUUUGAGGUAGACAUUGUCCUCGUUUACAAACCUUAAAUGACAAACAAUUUUACAUAGAAAAGACUUUGUUAGAAAUUGGGUCACCACUGACGCUUGGGCUAGAACCACUUAUAUAGAUUAAAAGGUAGUUAAAGUUGAUGAUUCAGUUCCUGUAAAAUAAUGUUAUCAUACAGUGACCACAUUUUCCAUUCACAAAUGCCAUCAUCAGAAUACAUGUAAAAACUAUCAACAGGGUGUUUGCCACACACAGACUUGGCAUUUUUUCUAACUUGGUAGAAUAGAAAGAAGUUUCUUUAUCAGAGCUCUGACGUUGAAGAAAAUAAAACUUUUAUAACAAAGGUGUUUAAUGUCACCACAUGUUGGGAAAAAAAUAUUGUACAUUUUACUACACCAUGUGUGAUUGAAUAAUUUUGUGUGUUACUAAACAAGUGAAAUGUGAAAUAAUAUUUUACCUGACAAGGGACAUUUAUGGUAAGUGAAAUGAUAUUUUACCUGUCAAGGGACAUAUAUGGUAUGUGAAAUGAUAUGUUACCUGACAAGGGACAUAUAUGGUAUGUGAAAUAAUAUGUUACCUGACAAGGGACAUAUAUAGUAUGUGAAAUAAUAUGUUACUUGACAAGGCAUGUAUGUGAAGUGGUAUGUACUUGACAGAAGACAUAUGGUUUGUAAAAUGAUAUGUUACUUGGCAAGAUACAUGUAUAUGGUAUGUGAAAUUAUUGUUUACUUGACGAGAGACAUGUAUAUGGUAUGUGAAAUUAUAUGUUACUUUACAAGGGACAUAUGUCAUGUGUGGGUUUUAUUUUCUACUCAGGAAGAGACGAGUAACACAUGAAAGUAUUCAACAUGGUUUUGUAUAUUCCAUAUAAGGUGAACAUUUUUGUAGGAUUCGAAUCUAAAGCAAUCAAUUAACUUUCAUAUACUAAUCACCAAUAAGCUUGUAAUUUGAUAAAUUCUAUGUCAAGGCACGCUUGUCUAUGUUCUUAACUGAUAUGUUGAAUGUCAAUCAAUUCUAUCAUUAAGAUCAUUUCAAACUAAAAACUAGUUUGUUUAUAAAUCUUUUGAUCUGUUUGGUAGUAUAUAUAUAUGAUACCCCAUAAGCUGAUAUAUUUUGAUCGGAUAUUAUCCUAAAAUAGCAAUAUUAUUGUGUCAUUGCUUGCUUGUGUAAUACAGGUGUGACCUGGUAAUACAUGUAACAGGGUUUCCAUGGAAACUAAACAUAUUUCAUCAGUUCCAUGGUUCCCUGGUGCAACCAUGUUUACAGCCAGAAAAGAGAAAACAUACCCAUCUCAUAGAAAAUAUGAAUUUAAUUUUGUACUGUAUUUAGGCAUUAGGAAAUGUAUCUCACAAGAGUACUGAACAAAAUGAUAAGAACAUACAUAUUUAUUUGGUAAUAAGCCAUGUUUGAUAACAAGCCUAUCCAUAUCUAUUGCAGAUUGGUCAAAAUAUUAAUAUAUGUUGUACCAUUGUCUUGCAAUAAGCUCAUGCUCUAACUUUAACUUGGAGUUAAAUUUGAUGUGUUGAUCCACUGGCAUGGGCUUAUUACAGAAUAAAUAUUGGAGUGAAUUUGUGAUUUUUUCAAAGUCGGUGACUAUUGAAAUGUUGCAACACAGCCAUUUUCUAAAGAUUUGUACUAAAGGUAAUACAUAUAUAAAUAUAGAUAAAUAUGUUAUGUAUAGCUUGUAUAUAAAGUUGUAAGUAAGGUUCAGUAGGUUUUUAUGGAAAAUUCCUUGUGUUUAUAUAUUUCCAGUUAUGGACUGUUAAAUGGUGUGGCAGCCAUUUUCCUGUUCCCUCUGGUAGUCACGGGUCUCGGUGAUCAUCCUUCCACCAUCUCUCUCAGCAACGUUUAUGUUAACUUACCAUAAUUCAUUUUGGUGUUUGAUUUCUUGAUUUCUUCUUGAAAAAAGUUUACGUCGUUGAGAUCUUUGGAAAAUUAUAAUUUUAGAGAGUUGCGAGAUUGUGGGUAAAGGGUGUGUUGACUCCGAAACGUAACUAGGAGGGGAGAACAGAGAAAAUGUUCAGUCUGUUACAUCAACUUAGUAAACUCACACUGUAGUAGUUGUAGUGGUAUAUUAAAAACUCUUGCACGUUUAA